UGCAGCGAAUAGUUUUAAAAAGCUGCACAAAAACAUUAAAACUGAAAUUAAGUUAAAAUGAUGAAAAGACUUCAUUGGCUGUAAUUGGUGUUAUCGUAAUAAAGUUUUUCCCGGAUGAGAAAAGAUCGCCAGUGACAUCCCCGUAUGGAUGCGUCGAGGGCGGAUAUUGUGCUGUUUCUUGAUCAUUCUGUCAGACCCGUCCGUCUUGGCCUUUAGCUGUUACCGGUGUCGCAGCGGCACGGACUGCGACCGGGUCAGCAAGGACAUGGAGGUGGAGUGCACGGCCGUGCACGGCGACAUUCACACCUGCAUCAAGGCGGACGUGGACGCCAAGGUCAUCCGCGACUGCGGCGUGCCCAAUAGUCUGGCGCACGCCUGCUUGCAGGAGUCGGGGGUCAGUGUGUGCAUGUGCAGUACGAAUCUCUGCAAUGGGACGGCGGAUUUAUCGUUCCGGCGUUGGACGCUGAAUUUUCGGUGGAUCACCGUUUUGAUGUUGAUUUGUGCGCGACCGCACUGAGAAUUUAAAGGAAAAAUGUUCACCAAGUUUUUGUUAAUUCACCUCAUAAUUUUUCUUAUAUUACACUUAUUUAUUUAAAUGUUUAACUGGAAGCGUAAAUGCAUUUUAAAUUAAAUUUAUCUUGAAUUUGUUGUUAGCACAUAAUUUUCGUAAUUUUAUUGGAUAACAGUAUUUUAAUUUUAACUAACUAACUAACAGUAUUUUAAUUUUUUUCUCUUCAUUUUGACAUUUUAUUAAUCAGUAUACAUUUUAUUGUUAUUUUGUUGACACAAGACUCGAAACAGCGCGACAAAUAAAAACCGAUAAAACGCGAGAUCAAAUGAGCAAAGAAAACAUCCUCAAGAAGCGACAUUUCACUGUUUAUCCACAAUAUUCUGGUCGCCGCGCAGGGCACGAUAUUUGGCCAUUUCAGCGGGAAGGCCUUGGACAGCUCCACCAGUAAAUGCGCCUUGAAUUUCUGCAACAUACAAAUUAAUGAAUUUACGUAGACGCUUUUUUUUCCUCAGUCUUAUUCAUAAGAAUUUUAAUAUUAAUUUUGUCUACUGCUAAGGCAUCACUAGUGGCCUGUUGAUCCGUGCGAGCAAAAUAAAAAA